UAUUUUAAGUGUAUUAAGAUAUUUGCACUAGAAACUAAACCAAAUUACUUUGUAAGGUUUUGCUGUUGCAGUGUCCACCCCGUUUCCUGUGCCGCCCUGGGUAACUGCCCAUUUGACCCGUUAGAAGCAGCCACUGUGUUUCAGAGUAAACAUAGAUGCUGUUUUAUACAUUUUAAUGAGGAUUUCAUCAGAAAUCUUAUGCCAGUUCGUGUUUCGGACGUUUUCAUCCGGCUGAAACCGUGACUUUCUUCCUGCAGCUCGUCUUUUCUCACGGCUCCCCACCUUAAAGGGGAAUGGAGAAGAGGUGGAGAUACGGAGAGCGAAAAAGAAAGACGGAGACAGGGAGAGGAGGGGUAAACCGGUUCAGCAGGUAUACUGAGGCCUAACCCAGUCUCCCUCCAGCCUGUUGUCACCGUUAUUUCUGCCGCGCAUGCGUGCUGGCGCCUGUUUCCUGCUUUUUUCUCCUUUUAAAUGAGCACCUGAGCUCCCGUUUGACCCACCUCUGUCGUGACUCAAUGUGUGUGUGUGUGAUCGGGGAUAUCUGCCGUUUUCUUUUUCUUUUCUCUCAACCCACUCUCCCGUUAUUUGAAGGCGCUGCGGAGUCCGCGCUGACUUUACCUGCCUUACCUGAGCAGACUCACCUGUCCGGACCUUCUUCAAACCUGGAAAUCUGACUUUGAGAGAAAGAAAAGUGCUAAGAUAUUAGAAGAUAACGCUUGGGGAAACAAGACGAAAAAGCGCAAGAAGAAGAGGGGGGAAAAAAAGAAGAAGAGGAUCCACUCUUUCCAUUUUCCCCCUCAGCUUCCUGCUUUUAAACGGUUACCUGGUCUGACGUCGCUACUUUUCUGAAAACUUCCCUUGCGCUAAAUUAAAAAAAACAAAUAACCCAACACGGACUGGUUGGCUGUGAUCGAGCAUGCCGCGGGCCUUUCUGGUGAAAAAGGCGAACGUUUCGCCUGGAAAGCGGAACUGGAGCGAGCUGCCCGACCAUGAGCGGGGGGACGUCUACAUCCCAGUCUCCAUCUUCCCGAACUCGGUUCUGAUGACGGAAGUCGAGGCGAGUCCUGCGGAGACCGUUCCUCUCUGCCUCACCAAACACUCUUCAUCGGACAACCACGCCCAGCUGCCGUCCAGCACCGCGCUCGGACAACCGCGGAGUCCGAGUGGCUCACCGGGAAGGUCGGACAUCAGGCGCAGCUUACACAGCGGGUCGUUGUAUGUCCGGUCCAAAAUGAAGGUAACUACAGGAAAGCUGCCUCCUGAUCCCACUCCUCUUCCUCCAACUCUUCCUCCCAUUCCCAUUCCCAGUCCACAACCUCUACCUCCACAAGCCGCUGUGAUGCCAGCUGCCCCCAAACAAACCCCCGCCCCAUCGGAGCCGCCAUCCAUGGUGAACCGACCAGCGGGCCAAAGUCAGAACACUGCGCCGACACCAGCAGGAGCGUUUGUGUGCCAGGUUUGCCAGAAGACUUUCCAGUUCCAGCGCAUGUUGAACAGACACGUCAAGUGCCACAGUGACACCAAGAGACACCUCUGCAACUUCUGCGGCAAAGGCUUCAACGACACCUUUGACCUCAAGAGACAUGUCCGCACGCACACAGGCGUCCGCCCGUACAAAUGCUCGCUGUGCGACAAGGCCUUCACCCAGCGCUGCUCCCUGGAGUCCCACAUGAAGAAGAUCCACAGCGUCACCCUGAAGUACGCCUACAAGGAGCGCCGCAACAAGCUGUACGUGUGCGAGGAGUGCGGCCACACGGCCGGCACUCAGGACGAGCUGGUCCGCCACCUCCACUCGCUGCACCCGGACAGCCAGCUGCUGAAGGGGAAGGCCGCGCGGCGGGCCGGCGGGCCGGGAGCGCCGGCCACCGGCUCCGUCGGAGGAUCCCCUCCCAGCUCGCCCCGGGAGGCCGACAGCGACGACACCAACGGGUCAGCCGGGCAGUAGAUCGCCGCCAAAAACUCAGACAGGAUGCAUGAAGGAGGGAUGUGUUCUCUCACGGACAUGUAGAGUGUUUAGUUUCUAUAUUUAUAUUGAUGGAAAGGGUUUGGAUUUGGGUUUGUUUUGUAAGAAAAUUGGUAAAAUGUUGAUGCAGUAAGAAGAGUAAGCUUGACUUGACUGGGUCAAAACAUUAUGACGUCUCAACUUUCAUCCUCAGGGAUUAAUUUUUCAUUUUUAUUUUAUCGCUCCAAGAAGAACCUCAAACAGGGUGGAACCCUCUCAGAAGACGCUCCGGAUCAGAACCUUUCAUCCAACUACGCAGACUUUGUUCACCUCAUUAUGUUUUGGCUCAUCUUUAUAUUUUUGUAUGACACUAUGCUACCAGUGGGUUUCCCUGUGCAACAGAAGAGAUUAAUUUUUCUAAUGGAAAAAACUUUAUUAUUAUUAUUAAAGCAAGUAAUAUAUUACAUAACAUCGACUUGAUUUUGUUCGUUCUUUUAAAUAAAUUCUUUUUUGUUUUUUACAUUUGCAGCUCAGGAGUUUAACAACCCGUCUAAUGAGACUUUUUAAAAGAAUAAAUAAACAGCAAUACGCUCUGUGUGUUAAAAUUUGUUAAACAAUAAAGUAACUUGAAUAAAAGUUUCUUCAGAAAGGCUG